AUGUCCUCCUCCUCUCUCCUGUGGUGCCUGCUGGUGGUGUGUGUUCUGACUGUGGUCCAGAUCUAUGCAGCAGAGGAACCUAAAGUCCUCAAGGUGUUCAACCUCCAUGCCACUGACCUGCACAGCAGCCUGCUAGGGACCCCUGAUGCCUACGUCGAGGUGUUCAGAGCUUACGGCUUUCUCGGGAGGACAGAGGUGAAGAACGACAACCGUAACCCCAGCUGGAAGGAGGAGUUCAGCUUCCUCAACGCACGUGAGAACAACAUCUUGAGGUUGGAGGUGUACGACAGCGACAUCAACUCCGACGACCUGCUGGGGACCUGCGAGCGCUCCAUCAAGAUCGGAACUUGGAAACAUCAAUGUUUCCUCACGAAGGGUGGGAUCCUGAACUACUCCUACACCCUAGAGCCCCUACAGUAGACCCUGUACUACUCCUACACCCUAGAGCCCCUACAGUAGACCCUGUACUACUCCUACACCCUAGAGCCCCUACAGUAGACCCUGUACUAAUCCUACACCCUAGAGCCCCUACAGUAGACCCUGUACUACUCCUACACCCUAGAGCCCCUACAGUAGACCCUGUACUACUCCUACACCCUAGAGCCCCUACAGUAGACCCUGUACUACUCCUACACCCUAGAGCCCCUACAGUAGACCCUGUACUACUCCUACACCCUAGAGCCCCUACAGUAGACCCUGUACUAAUCCUACACCCUAGAGCCCCUACAGUAGACCCUGUACUACUCCUACACCCUAGAGCCUCUACAGUAGACCCUGUACCACUCCUACACCCUAGAUCCUCUACAGUAGACCCUGUACUACUCCUACACCCUGGAGCCCCUAGCCUAGAGUAGAGCCCCUCCAUCAACUACUGUAAGCCAACAAUUCUCAGCUAGAGUAGCUAGACCUCCUCCUCCAUUGUCUGACCCCUCAUCUGUUACAUGUCUUUCUCAUUCUCCUGAGCUGAAUGCUAGGCUCUCUCUAGGUUUCUUCCUAGGUUCUGACCUUUCUAGGGAGUUUUUCCUAGCCACCAUACUUCUACACCUGCAUUGCUUGCUGUUUGGGGUUUUAGGCUGGGUUUCUGUACAUCACUUGUGACAUCAGCUGAUGUAAGAAGGGCUUUAUGAAUAAAUUUGAUUAGAU